AUGACCGUUGAAGAACCGUUGAAGGAGCGCGUCGUACGCAUAUUGGUAGGGCAGCUGUGGGAAUCCGUCACACGCUACAUCACCUUCUUUGAUCUCUUCAACACUGAGCGAUCGGAAGAGGAGGUCGACAACGACCGCUCUGCGCCGCUUUUGCUUGCGAUGACCUCCGCCGGCGGCCGCUCGCCCGACGACGCCUGCCUGAUCUCGCGCCUCUGGCUCGGCUGGUGCGCGGCCAUCGCGUACAGAGGCUGGUCCAAGCCGCUGCACGAGGAGGACCUGCCCUCCGCGCCAAGCGGAGUGCGGUCGGAUCCGCUUCACCGCGUCGCGGUCGAGCUGUGGGAGGCGGAGCUGGCGCGUGCCGAGCCGGGCAAGGCGCAGGUCCUCUCGGGCGUGCUGUACCCACUCGCGCGCCGCAGCUUCUACCAGGGCGGUGCGCUGCUGGUCGUCUCCGGCCUCUGCAACUCGGUGGCGCGGCCGCUGCUCCUUAAAAGCGCCGUCGAGUCCAUCUCGCCCGACGAGCCGCUCUGGCGCGGCUUCGCCUUUGCCGGCGGCCUCGGUGCCUGCCUGCUGCUCGAGCAGUGGAGCAAGACGCAGGGCCUGCACAUCGCGGGCGACGAGGCGAUCCUGCGCGCGUCGUCGGCCGCGAUGCAGCUGGUGACCCUCAAGGCGGGCCGGCUCCGCACCGGCGUCGGCUCGGACGGCGCCGAGCAGACGCUGCUCGGCAAGGACCUCGUGGGGGCCGCCGACAUGGCCCGCUUCCUGCCGCUCAUGUGGCUCUGCCUCUCCUCCCUCGUCGGCGGCCUCACCGUCGUCUUCGUCCUCUCGGGCCUCGCCGGCGGGCUCGGCGUCCUCGUCAUGGCGGGCACCUUCUUCGCGUCGGAGGAGACGGCGGGCGCGACGAGGGAGCUGCUCGAUGGCGCAAAGGUGGUCAAGUUCAUGGGCUGGGAGGAGACGUACCUCGCCCACAUCUGCCGCCGCCGCGCGACCGAGCUGACGCACCUCCGCACAUACCGCAUCGCGAUCAACGUCGUCGUGCAGAUCGGGCGCGCCUCGCCCAUCAUCUCCAUCCUCUGCACCGUCCUCGUCCUCGUGCUCACUUCGCCCGACCGCUUCCGCGCCGAUGUCGUGCUGCCAAUCAUCUCCCUCUUCCAGAUCAACAUGCUCAGCCUGCCGGAGCGGUCCGGCCGCCGGACGGUCGGCGGCGCCGGCGACGUCGAGGCCAAGCCGGUCGACGCCGUGAGCGACGUGUCGCUCUCGGUGCGUGCGGGCGAGCUGGUCGCGCUGGUCGGGCCCGUCUCUGCGGGCAAGACGUCGCUGCUGGCGGCCCUGUGGGGGGAGGCGUUCGUCCGCAGCGGCAAGCACGCCGUUGCGCAGGCCGCCAUCGUGCCGCAACGCCCCUUCACCAUCGCCGGCACGAUCCUCGACAACAUCCUGCUCGGGAGGCCGCUCGAGCCGGACCUGCUCGCGCAGAUCCUCGAGGGGUGCGCCCUGCUCGACGACCUGGCGGCGCUGCCGCUGCGUGAGCACACCGAGGUGGGCGAGCGAGGCGUGACUCUCUCGGGCGGGCAGCAGCAGGUUGGCGGUUCCAGCGCGUGCGUGCUCCUCGACGCCAUCGUCCGCUACGUCAAGCGCGGCUGGCUGGCGGAGCCCGAGGCCGGGCCGGUCGCGCGCGCCGCGCUCGUGUCGGCAUCACAAGGCGGCCACCUGCACGCCUUCGACUCGCUCCUGCUCAUCGAGGGCGGCGCGGUGACUGCGCACGGCCCGCGCGAGGCGCUGCUCGCCUCGGGGUCGGAGCUCGCGGACCGGCUCCUCGGCGCCGCCGCCGCCGCAUCGCUGGACGACCUUCCCGAGGCGAGCCGCUCGCCGGCCGAGGCGGCGGCAGCUCUCGCCAAGGCGGCCGAGGGCGCGUCUGCGGCCGGCGCGAAGGCUUCUGCGACGCCGCCGGGCGGCGUCUCGCGGCUCACCACGGCCGAGAGACGGCAGACGGGUUCCUUCUCCUCUGGCAUCUACACCACCUAUCUCCGCGCGCUCGGGACCGCGUCCGUCUGGUCCUACUUUGCGCUGCUCGUGCUCACCUACAGCACCUUCCUGCUCGCCGACUUGUGGCUCGUGCGGUGGUGGAUCGGCGACGCGGGGCCGGCUGCCGGGUUACCGACAGCGAGCCGGGCGGGCGUCUACUCAGGCUUGUGCCUCGGCUUCAUCGCGCUGAUCAUCGGCUCGUCCAUCUUCUUCACCGUCAUUUCGGUGCGCGCCUCGGCGGCGAUGCACCGCAGCACGCUCCGCCGCGUCAUCUACGCGCCGCUCGGCUGGUACGACAGCACGCCCUCUGGACGCGUCCUCUCGCGCUUCACCUCGGACCUGAACACGGUCGACAUCAAGCUGAGCAUGGACGUGGACAACCUGAUGCAUAUGUUCUUCCAGGCGGCCACGAUGGUCGGGCUGAUUGCCUCCACGACUUGGGUCCUCGCUGUCGUCGCCGCCGGCGUCUUCGCCGUCUUUUGCUUCGCCACUCUGGUCGCAGACCGCUCGAUACGCGAGGUGCGCCGCAUCGCCAACAACGCUGUCUCGCCAAUCAUGUCCAACAUCGCCGAAAUCAAGGUCGGGACGCCGCUCGUGCGGGCGAUGCGCCUCGGCUCCUUCUUCGCCGCCCGCCAGUCUGCGGCGAUUGGCGCGUGGGCUCGCUUCUCCUACCUCUCACGGGCGAUGCAGUCCUGGUCCGCGCACGUGGGUGGCUCCCUCGCCUUUGUCUUUGGCGUCGCCACAUUCUUCUUCAUCAUCGGGAAUCGCGCCUCGUUUGGGGUAGCGGAGGGCGGCCUCGCGCUCACGUACGCAGUCGUCGCCCCCUACUUCAUCAACAUCAUCUCCGAGAUGUUUGUCCAGCUGCGCACGUCCAUGGCGGCGCUCGAGCGGCUUCUGGAGUACCUGGAGCUGCCGCAGGAGCCGCCGCACGAAUUGCCGUCCGACCCGCCGCAGGCCGACUUUCCAAAAGCGGGCGAGGUGGUCUUUCAGAGCCUCUGCAUGCGGUACCGGCCCGGGCUGCCGCUUGCGCUGGCGGACUUCUCGGCCACCAUCGCCCCCCGGCAGAAGGCCGGGGUGGUCGGCCGAACGGGCACGCCACCUACUGGCCUGAUCGCUAGCACCGCACCGAUGGUGACUCGCAUCGUUUGGCGCUCUUUAGGCGCUGGCAAGAGCACGCUUGUCCUCGCUCUCUUCCGACUGCUCGAGCCGGCUGCGGGCAGCAUCCUCAUCGACGGGCGCGAGACGGCCUCGCUCGGCUUGCGCGCUGAUGCCCCCCGCGUGCGCGGCCCCUCCCGCGAGCUUUGGCGCGAGCUCGCCGCCGCCUCGCAGGAUCCGGUGCUACACCAGGGCACCGUCGCGCACAACCUCUGCCCCUUUGGAACAAAGAGUGACGAGGAGCUGGCGUCGGCGUUGGUGCGCGCUCGGCUCCCCGCCGACCUCCUCGGCACGCACGUCUCCAAGAAUGGCUCGAACCUCUCCUCGGGCGAGCGGCAGCUCCUCUGCUUUGCGCGCGCGAUGCUCGAGGAGACGUCGAUCCUCGUGCUCGACGAGGCCACGAGCAACCUCGACGAGAACUCUGACGCGGCGAUGCAGGCGCUGCUCCGUGAGGAGUAUGCGGCGAAGACGGUGAUCACCAUCGCGCACCGCCUCCUGACCGUCGCCGACUACGACACCCUCCUCGUGCUUGGCGGCGGUCGCCUGCUCGAGCAGGGGUCGCCCGCAACGCUGCUCACCGACCCAGCAUCGGUGCUCAGCAGCAUGGCUGCCGCUCUCGGUGAUGAGGGGAGGGCCGCGUUGCUGGACAAGGCACGGCAAGCGAAGGGCCGCCAGUCCAGGCACACUCCUGCUCAUGAGGAUGAGCAAUCCGUUCGCGUCCCUGGCGUCUCACCCCAAGCCGACUCGGUGGUUCAUACCCGUUUGUAA